ACAUGUUCUUGCGGCCUGCAGGAAACAUGGUGCUGUAGCGAAGCUCUGACUCCUGGCUUUCUGUUUUAUUUCUGUCUUUCUUCAAGCCAAGAAGUAAGAGGACAUGUCUGAAGCCCUUGUCUCUCGUUCCAACAGCUGUGGAAGGGUGAAAGGAGCUGAGGAGGUUCUGGCGGAGAUCCGUUCUGACCUUCUAGAGUGUAAGGUGUGCUUCGAGAGGUUCUCCUCAGAGCAGACCGGACGGAGGCCCAGGAAUCUGCCCUGCGGUCAUGUGAUCUGUCUGGGAUGUGUCUGUGCCCUGGCACAUGCUGUUUUGCGCCAGCUGGAGUGUCCUUUCUGUAGGCGGAAGUGCGAUGUUGGUGGGACUUAUGACUGCCAGGCCCUGCUUGACCUUCAGGACCUCCUUGGUUCAGCAGAACGUCCAAGAUAUUCAUUAAAUGUGCUUGGUUCAGACUCUUCUUGGUCAAAUCCUCUACAACUUGAAAGGGGAGUCCAGUCCUGUGUGGAAGGACUGAGUUCGGGCCUCCUGCGUCUUCAGAAUACCUUUGGAGGUUGGGGUGAACUCAUCAACCCAACUGGUGUAGCUGUACUGGUAUCAGCGGCAGUGGUGGUGGUCCAUGGAGGUCACAAGAAAGUCACCAUGUUCAACUCUCAGGGUCACUAUCUGCAUAGUUUUGGCUAUUAUGGCAAUGGCCGGUCUGAUCUCUGCCACCCUCUUGAUGUUGCAAUAACUCCCAUUGGCCAUGUUGUAGUGACCGAUGCAGGUGACCAUUCAGUUAAGGUCUUCUCCUCCAGAGGAACUCCUCUGGCCAACUUUGGGCCUUUUGAGCUGCCAUGGGGUGUGGAUGUGGACAAAUGUGGGCACAUUCUGGUGACCGAUGCUCAAGCAGGGCUACUUUGGCAGGUAGUAAUGGACCAUAGGUGCAGUGUGGUGGUGGCUAAAGUGGUGGUCUUGAAGGACCUUCAGUGCCCAAGAGCUGUGGCUUCUUGCAGAGUUUCUGGACGUGUUGCAGUGCUGGAGGCUCAAAGACAGCACAAUGGAAAUUCUAUACCAGCAAGGCUGAAGCUGUUCAGCAAAGACUUUGUCCUCCUAACGCAGGUGGACUGUUUCAGCCUGAACCUCCUGAACCCGAUGGAGUUACACAUCUCCUGUGUUACCUUUGAUAGAAAAGGGGAUCUGAUUGUGGCUGAUGCCCAACAAGGCCUCGUGUGGAGUUUGAGUGACCUGCACAAAACACCUACUCUGUCUCCACUGGUGAAGGCCAGACUGGAGCGUCCAGUAGGGCUGGUGGCAACAGAGCAAAACUCUCUGAUCGUCUUGGACAGUGGAGACCACACUGUGAAGAUAUACUCGACCAGUGCAGAUGACUCAGACGGUCCUAAAAGAAGCAAAUCAAUCUGAAAAUAUCUUGAGUUUUUCAUUCCACCUUAAAUGGUUCAGCUGUUGCAAUUUUAAGAUGGAAUGAAAAAUUCAAAUAAAAUGCUGUUAUAUAAGAAGAAUCACAGAAUCAUCUUUUUAUUAUUCUUGAUUGUAACGUGACAUGCACUGCUGGGACAGGAAUUCUAUCAUUUCUUAAUUAAACUAUUUGAAUGCUUCUACAAUAGUCUUCUUUUAAUUUACAGAAAAUAUAAAGUAUAAUACUAAAUAUAAAGUAUAGGACUACAGUAUUCCUAUAAGAAUCUUAUAGUAAGUUUGACAGUUACUGUAGUCACUUCAGGAUACUCCAUGGGUAUUACAGAUUACUAUGGGAGAAAACAACAAGAGAUCCAGAAUGAUGAACUGAGCUGUGUAGAUGGUUCUAAAAUGCCUAAGAAAGCUUUAGAACAUCCAGAAUAAAGAUAUGAAUGUGUUAUUUGCAAUGUGGGAGAUAUGAAAUGACUAUAAA